AUGUCAGACUUACAAAUUCCGACUGCAACUUCAAUCCACCCUGCCCUGUCUAUUAAUAAGUCGCCGCCCUCUGCCUUGACCAAGAUCGACGAGUCUUUCCCCUGUCAAGAUUCUGGCUUCAAGCCUCAAUCUUCAGCUAAACAAGAACAUGGCCUGAAUCGCUCCCCGAACAUUGGAGAUGCCCUUCUCCGCGAAUACGCCCAGCAACUUGGUCCCUUAAACACAGAUACCUACAGCGAAAUCGACAAUGGUCCUGCCGAGUCUUGCUUCUCUGCUGCUACAACAGUAGGCCAGAACUCUCCCAACGAUUCCGCUUCCUUACCUUCAUCUCCGGCGUUCGCAACUCGGGCGGCACAAAAGUUCCACAGCCACCGCAAAAACGCAUUAUCUGUCGAAUCGAUUCCACGGCAGACUAUUAUGAAAGCGUUGGCUUCGGCAGGCAGAAACCACAAUCAAAACAACCUGUCCUUAGCUUCUUCCUUGUCCGGCAUGGUUUCUUCACAGGGCCAGGACAACCGUCCUGGAACAGCGACAUCCCAAAAGCUCUCAGCAGCAUUGUCGGAUCUCGCGGGAAGGAACGGGACCCCUUCAACCCCUCGCUUCACUGCGUUACAAUCACCUUGUUUCUACCAUCAACGAUUCGACGAUGCUGUCAACAUCGAUAAAGUACUGGAGGAAAUAAAAGAAGAUGAAUGGAUGUCCCAUUCGCGUCUCAUGCAGACGGCAACUGGUGUUCGGGAAGUCUCCAAGCAGCUCCAACGCCGUCCAAUCAAACGAGCUGUUCGCAAUGUCAUGAUUGUCACAAAAGCUAGAGACAAUCAACUGGUCAACCUCACCAGAGAUCUUGCUACUUGGCUGAUGAGUACCCCGAGAUAUGGUUCUGAUCUUGGUGUAAAUGUUUAUGUUGAUGCCAAACUUCGCAACUCGAAACGCUUUGGUGCUUCCAAAUUACUAGAGAAACAACCACGUUUCCAACACCUUUUAAAAUAUUGGUCUCCAGAUCUUUGCUGGAGUCAGCCGGAAAAGUUUGAUUUGGUUCUGACACUUGGCGGGGAUGGAACCGUACUCUUUACAUCAUGGCUGUUCCAACGUAUUGUUCCCCCGAUUUUAUCAUUCAGCCUAGGCAGUUUGGGGUUCUUGACCAAUUUUGAAUAUGACCGAUUCAAAGAGCACCUGAACAAGAUCAUGGGAGAGGAAGGUAUGCGUGUUAACUUGCGCAUGCGUUUCACGUGCACCGUCUAUAGAGACGGAGCAGGACAAGACAUGGAAGAAGGCGAACAAUUCGAGGUUCUCAACGAACUCGUCAUCGACCGCGGACCAUCUCCCUACGUCUCAAACCUGGAGCUAUAUGCUCCUCACCAUCGUUCAAGCAGACGGAUGCAUAUUCUCCACUCCUACCGGCUCAACAGCAUAUUCCCUCUCGGCAGGGGCUCACUCGUCCACCCCGACAUCCCCGCCAUUCUGCUCACCCCCAUCUGCCCACACACGCUCUCCUUCCGCCCCAUGGUCCUCUCUGACACCAUGCUGCUGCGCGUCUCCAUCCCGCGCAACUCCCGCGCGACGGCCUACUGCUCCUUUGACGGCAAAGGCCGCGUCGAGCUCAAGCAAGGCGACCACGUCACCAUCGCAGCAUCCCAGUAUCCGUUCCCGACCGUCGUGCGCUCCGGCACCGAGUGGUUCGACAGCGUGUCCCGGCAGCUGCGAUGGAAUACUCGGGGCGCGAUGCAGAAGGGCUGGGAUGGAGCGGAGGAGAAUAAGGAAGAAGAGGUUGAGUGGGAUAUCGACACUGAUUCUGCUUGCUAUGGGAGUGAGGAGAGUAGUAGUAGUGCGUCUCCUUUGCGGAGGCAGAUGAGCAUGCUCGGGAUGUAG